UUGGUCUUUCUUCUGCAAUUAUUACGUGCAAGCUGAUUUCUAAUUUAUGACUGUCGCGUAUUAAACUUAAAUGUAUCAUGGCCAGAGAUCGGGAACGUUUUCAUCCAAAAAGUACACGCCGACAUCGCGCUGCGUUUGAUCGUGCAUACAGGUCACCUGUCUCGGCACGACAUUAUGAUAAGGAAUAUUUUCCUCGACAAGACGUUGAAAAAGCGACAGUGUUCAACUUGGUGUACAAAUAUCUGAGCAAAUGCGCCAAUCAGAGCCUAAUAAAGGGGAGACAACGAAGCUGCGCUUGUAAAAAAUUCAAUAAGCAACACGAGCGAAAGAAAGAUAUUCGUAAAUCUGAUUUAGCGACAAUUCAUACGAAUCUCAACGAAGAAAUUUCCAGUGACGAUGGCGAGCAAUCUCGAUCACGCACAAAUAAAAAUAUCCUUAAAACAGCAUCUAGAAGCUCGUCGAAUGAAUGUGUCGCCGAUUACACGAGAGCUGUCCGCGAUGAACGAAGACGUGCAAAAUUCUACAUACGGGAAGCGCUCAUAUACGGUUUGCAAUCUGGAUUGUUAAUCCCGACCGAUUUACGAAGGAACAUGCUGCGUGUUUCACGAAAGAUAGGAGUUCUAUCAAGAAACGUGAAAAAGGAUAAUGAAGAUCCGUCAAGUAUUGCGACCAGCGAUACUGAGUAUUCUCUCUCUGUAUGAGAUUGACUGACUUGAUCAUAAUAAAUUCAAUCAUUAUUGAAAAGGUCAUGUAAUGAC